CCCAAUACCCGACCCGCUUGGAUAUAACUGCUUUGCAUACAUCUAAACCUCUCUCCGGCGUCCCCUUCAGUCAAAACCCCCUCCUUUAACAGCCGGACCAACCACCAUCCGCCACGCAAUCCACCCUCCCUCGUCGCCUGAAGCUUUGAUCCUCUCUUUCUGUAAAUGGCAUUCAGAGGUCGUGGAGGGGGGCGAGGAGGAUAUGGACGUGGUUAUUCUAAGGAAGAACCCUUUGUCCCAUUUCCUGAUAUUCAUUUACCUGAUGUCAGAGGUAUUUUGUCUGAGCUAGAUCAAAAGAAAAACAAAGGAUUGAAGGAGGAAGAAACAUUAAUCAUAGAUACUCUGAAUUGGCUAAUGAAAUCCGAAUAUAAUCUUGAUAAGACUGGUAGACAAGACAAAGAAUUUGGAAAAUCUGAGAGAGCCAAUCGAAAGGCUAAGAGAGAAAUUGAUUCUUUCUCACAGUAUCUGGUACCCAGUAUGUUUCCUAAAGAAUUGACUAGAGGUUCAAAUGUGCGGCAGGUGAGCAGAGAAAAUGUUAAAUGGGAUAAACGGAACACAGAAAAGUCUGAUGAGCUAUAUUGGAGUCAAUUUGAAAAGCGAGAACAGAAUUUGGAUGCAAAGAAACAGAAAGUAGGUGAAAAUGAUGAGGAAGAGGAAGAGGACGAGGAUGCGGACGAGGAGGAAGAUGAUGACCCUAGUGAUGAUGAUUAUCAGCAGGUUUGUACAUAAAUUUUGGAUCUUAUAUGUUCUUUGGACCUUGAUUAUCAUUUGAGCAAGGCCAUAAUAUGCGGCGGUACCUUGGUUUACCAAAUGCGGUCUUAAACUAAAAGCCAAUAGUAUAAGGGGUAAAUGAUGAUACGAAAUGACCUCGGUCUAUCAAUGGUAUUUUUUAUUUUUUUUAUUUUACAGAAGAUCUUAAUGAUCUGUACCUAUUUCUAUAUUGUUGGGUGAUAUUGAUCUUCAAGAGACCUCUUUGAUUCUUUCUUUAGUGUAGGUUGACUAUGGGAGUUUUUGUGUGGAUAUAAGAAAAAUUCAUUUUACUGCUUCAAUUUCCAACCUGGGGAUAUAAUGAAGAAAAUAAUAAAUGAACUGACUACAUGGUGAACAUAAGUUUUCCUUUCUUCCAUUUUUGAAAUUGAAACCCCAUCAGCAUGGUGGUUGGUUGUGUUUUCUUUGUGUUCACUCUUGAGAUUGCCAUUCCUUUAUAUUUGUCACAACUACUCGAGUUUACUUUGAUCUUGCAGAACAUAGAUUUUGAUGAUGAUGAGGAUGAAUUUAAUCCAGAUGAUGGUGAUGGUAAGCAUUUUUGUUUUAGCAAAAUUCAUUUAGUGUUUCUUUUUGCACUACAAUACUUUUGGUUCGUGGAAUUCUGAGCAAGCCAAAUUAGUAUUUGAGCUCACACUCCAUACUUUUA